CUCUCUUCAGCCGCUUGAGGGCAGAAUGCAUCAUGGGUAACGUAGUUUUUUACCCCCUCUUUCGCCUUUGCCUCUUGUCAAAGUCGGGCCUUGUUGACUUCCCUGCGCCAGCUCACAAUAGAGGUGGCGGCAGACGCUGCGAGAGUUACUUUCCGACCCGGCUUCGACCGCGAGUGGCAGAAGGGAAAGAGCGAAGUGGGCCCGAGAGAGACCUGACGCUCAACCAGACGAUGGCAGGCGGUUGAGAGAGUCGUGAGAAGAGCCGGAGGAAAACGGGGGAGGGGGAGGAGGGGAGAGUUGAAGUCAAGGGAAGGCGGCCCGGUACGCGCCUGCGCGGAACGACGGGGUAGCGGCGGCGGCGGCGGCGGCGGCAAGAGGAGCAGCAGCAGCAGCGCUGGCGCUGGAUAGUGAAGUUGGAGAAAGCGCUGCUGAUAAAAUGCAUAAGCUUAAAUCGUCUCAGAAGGACAAAGUCCGCCAGUUUAUGGCAGUUACCCAGGCUGGUGAAAGGACUGCUAUAUACUGUUUAAUGCAGAAUGAGUGGAAAUUAGAAGUGGCAACAGAUAACUACUUCCAGAAUCCAGACUUGUACUACAAAGAAUCCAUGAAGAUUUCAAUAGACCGAAAGAAAUUAGAACAGUUGUAUAACAGGUACAAAGACCCACAAGAUGAGAACAAAAUUGGCAUUGAUGGAAUUCAACAGUUUUGUGAUGAUUUAAGUCUGGACCCUGCCAGUAUCAGCGUUUUGGUCAUAGCAUGGAAAUUCAGGGCAGCCACUCAGUGUGAAUUCAGUAAAAAAGAAUUUGUAGAUGGAAUGACAGAACUGGGGUGUGAUACCACAGACAAGCUAAAGGCACUUUUGCCAAGGCUGGAACAAGAAUUAAAGGAUCCAAUGAAGUUUAAAGAUUUUUAUCAGUUUACCUUUAACUUUGCUAAAAACCCUGGACAAAAAGGUUUAGAUCUAGAAAUGGCAAUUGCAUAUUGGAAUUUAGUCUUAUCAGGAAGGUUUAAAUUUUUAGAUCUUUGGAAUAAAUUUUUAUUGGAACAUCAUAAAAGAUCAAUCCCCAAAGAUACUUGGAAUCUUCUUUUAGAUUUUGGAAACAUGAUUGCAGAUGACAUGUCAAACUAUGAUGAAGAAGGAGCAUGGCCAGUUCUAAUAGAUGAUUUUGUGGAAUAUGCACGACCAGUAGUCACAGGAGGAAAACGUAAAGCUUCCUAACCAUAGACUCUUCUCAGUGGACUUAAUUUGCAGUCUGAACUGCAUCAGGUAAUGAAGACAUUUUGGCCAAUAACUGUGCACACUUGUCACUGGUUUCGAAAGUCGUGGUGGGAUGCUACUGACGAAACAGAAAUCACUACUUCUGCUUCAAGAAAAUGAUGGCUGACUCAGCGGACACUGCAAGAAAAAAUUCAGAAGAUAGCCCAGCCUAUUUGUAGGAUAUUGGCUUCAAUUAUUGUACUGGUUGUAUCAUAUAGGAUGUAGAUCUUGCAUGAUUUUAUACUUUGGAGAAGUUUAACUAGAGGCCAUUUUAGUAACAUUUUGACAGCACAGCAUGCCAUUCAGUUCAUAACCCAGGGUGAACACCAGCAGUUACAUAAUUACAACUGUAUUAUAUUGUACUUAUAUUAAAAGCAGUAUUUGUGGUAUAUAAAUUAAAUCCCUAAAUAAAAUUUGUGGUAUGUGGUAUUUUUAUACAAACACAAAAGUUGUUGAGGUAAUGCUGUGAAACAUUUAUUGACACAUCUCUUCAGCUUGCUGCCAACAUUCUUGGUGUAUGGAGAAGCCAAUCAGGUCCAUUUUUAGGAAGUUUAAUUUUCUUAUUUUAAAACUGAACUCAACAAAAGUGUUUAUUGAUUGUUUGUAUUCAGUCAGUAAAGAAACAGCAAAUA